GCUAGCUAGCUAGUGUUUCCUUCUAAUUAGUCUUCUCUGAGUAUAGGAGAGGAAAGCUGAGAGCUCCUAGCUAACUCUUCUUGUUCUUCCUUUGAUUGAGCUAGUGUUUGAGUUUUUUUAAUAGUUAAGAGGGAAGACAUGGCUGGCCUUUCUUUCGACCACCCUUGGGCUUUUGCUUUCGGCAUCCUAGGAAAUAUCAUCUCAUUCAUGGUGUAUCUUGCUCCACUGCCGACAUUUUACCGUGUUUACAAGAAAAAAUCAACAGAAGGGUUCCAAUGUGUGCCUUAUGUUGUUGCAUUGUUCAGUGCCAUGUUAUGGAUCUACUAUGCCUUUGUCAAGACCGGUGAAUACCUUCUUAUCACCAUAAACUCAGUAGGAUGCGUCAUCGAGACCAUUUACAUCGUCAUGUUCUUUGUUUAUGCGCCAAGGAAUGCAAGAAUCUACACGGCCAAAAUUUUCUUUCUCUUGAACGUGGGAUUGUUUGGUUUGAUCCUCCUCACCACUCUCCUUCUAUCCGAAGGUGAAAACCGCGUCAAGAUUCUUGGAUGGAUUUGUGUUGCCUUCUCCGUCAGCGUCUUUGUAGCUCCACUGAGCAUCAUUAGACUUGUGAUAAGAACCAAGAGUGUGGAGUUCAUGCCCUUCUUUCUCUCCUUCUUCCUCACAUUGAGCGCUAUUGCAUGGUUCUCAUAUGGCCUCUUCACCAGGGACAAAUACGUUGCGCUUCCAAAUGUAUUGGGAUUCACCUUUGGUGUCAUCCAAAUGGUGAUCUACGUGGUCUACAAGGAUGCUAAGAAGGUGGUACAAGAGCCCCAACUACCAGAGCAUGUGAUUGAAAUCACUAAGCCAAGUCCAGCAGUGAACCCAGAGAUAGUCCAAGCAAAGGUGAUGACUGAAGAGGAGAUGAAAGCCAAUGAGAUAAUGAACAACACUGUGUGACUAGCUAGUGCAUGUCUUCAUUGCCACGUUGAAGAAAAGGCUCUCUCUCUCUCUCUUUCUCUCUAGCUCUAUCUAGCUACAACCAAAAUUAAGCACUGAAAUAUGAAGUGCUUUUCUCCGUUUCCAUUAAUUUGUCUUUGCUCUUCUCUCUAGUCAUGAGCUUUAAUUGCUCUAUGUCCUUGUAUGUCUACUUGCAUUCUGUUGUACUCCCUGUGAUAAUCAUGCAUGUCCUUAACUAAGUUUCUUUUUUAU